AUGCUGGAUCUGCUGCAGAGCCCGGAGUUCAGGGCGGCCAUUGUCAACCCAGCGUACAAGGAACACGUCCACUCCCAGCAGCUCUUCUUCUGGCAGCACUGGCGCACCAACCGCCUGCAUGAGACGGCCCAGCUCAAGGAGGUGCUGGCCACUCCCGCAGAGUGA